GCAGGGAGAAGCAGACGGGUCCCGGCUAUUGUUAGUGAUAAUGAUUUUAUCUACUAAGUCGAUCUUCAAGAUUCUUUGGAUUUAACCACACGUCUAAAGCACAACAAAUUUGGAAAUAUCGUUCCGGGUAAUUCCCUGGAGGUGCCAAACGAAUCUGUCAUGUCUGUGAGCGUGCAUGAGAAUCGCAAGUCCCGCACCAGCACAGGUUCAAUGAACAUCUCUCUGUUCCACAAGCCCUCGCACCCCGACAGCGUCCUGACACACCUGAACACACUGAGGAAGCAGUGUAUGUUUACUGAUGUCACUCUGUGGGCCGGGGAUCGCUCCUUUCCAUGUCACAGGGCAGUUUUGGCAGCAUGCAGUCGCUACUUUGAGGCGAUGUUCAGUGGAGGCCUGAGAGAAAGUCUGGACAGUGAUGUCAACUUCAGAGACAGCAUACACCCAGAGGUUUUGGAGCUACUGCUGGACUUUGCCUACUCCUCCCGAGUCAUCAUUAACGAGGAGAAUGCAGAGUCGUUGUUGGAAGCGGGGGACAUGUUGCAGUUCCAUGACAUUCGGGAUGCGGCUGCAGAGUUUUUAGAAAAGAACCUUCAUUCCUCCAACUGCCUGGGAAUGAUGCUGCUAUCAGAUGCCCAUCAAUGUAAAAGACUGUAUGAGCUUUCAUGGCGGAUGUGUCUAGUCCAUUAUGAAACGGUAAGAGAAACAGAGGAUUUCUAUAGUCUAUCUCAAGACAAACUGCUUGAGCUGAUACUGAGUGAUGAGCUGGAGAUAGAAGAUGAACAGGUUGUAUUCAAUUCUGUAAUGCGGUGGGUUCGGUAUGACUUGGAGGGAAGACGCCACCACUUACCAGAGCUGCUGAAGGGCAUCAGGUUGGCACUGCUGCCAUCUGAAUGUCUAUUAGAGGCUGUGGCAUGUGAAGAGCUGGUAAUGGCUGACAAGAGGAGCAGGUUAAUAGUGGAGGAGGCAAUGCAGUGUAAAAAGAAAAUUCUUCAAAACGAUGGAGUGGUGACCAGUCCGUGCGCUAGACCACGCAAGGCAGGACACACGCUACUUAUUCUGGGAGGACAGACAUUCAUGUGUGACAAGAUCUACCAGGUUGACCAUAAAGCUAAGGAGAUCAUCCCGAAGGCAGACCUGCCUAGCCCAAGGAAGGAGUUCAGUGCUUGUGCUAUUGGCUGUAAGGUUUACGUGACGGGAGGAAGAGGUUCAGAAAAUGGAGUGUCUAAAGACGUCUGGAUCUAUGAUACUGUCCAUGAAGAGUGGUCUAAAGGAGCACCCAUGCUUAUAGCCAGGUUUGGCCAUGGGUCAGCUGAACUAGAGAAUAGUCUGUACGUUGUAGGAGGUCAUACAGCUAUAGCGGGGGUAUUCCCUGCCUCACCCUCAGUAUCCUUAAAACAGGUUGAGCGAUAUGACCCUCUAAGUAAUAAGUGGACAAUGAUGGCUCCCCUAAGAGACGGAGUCAGUAAUGCAGCGGUGGUCAGUGCCAAACUAAAACUCUUUGUAUUUGGAGGAACAACCAUCCACAGAGACAAGGCCUCUAAGGUCCAAUGCUAUGACCCAGUGGGCAAUCGCUGGAAUAUUGCGGCUGAAUGUCCCCAGCCUUGGCGCUACACAGCAGCUGCUGUCCUGGGCAGUCAGAUCUUCAUCAUGGGUGGUGACACUGAAUUCACUGCUGCCUCAGCCUAUCGAUUUGACUGUGACACCAACCAGUGGACUCGAGUUGGCGACAUGACGUCCAAGCGGAUGAGCUGCCAUGCAGUGGCCUCGGGGAAUAAGCUCUAUGUGGUCGGAGGUUAUUUUGGGACGCAGCGGUGUAAAACAUUAGACUGUUAUGAUCCCACCUCCGAUAGUUGGAACUCCAUCACCACUGUGCCUUAUUCUCUGAUCCCCACUGCCUUCGUUAGCACGUGGAAACAUCUGCCUGCUUAACUGGGAGAGACUGGGGAUGAAUUAUCAAAGAUAUUUGCAUGGCCCAUUGGGAAAGAACAGCUAGCUGAAAGAAAUGUUUGGAGACUCCAUACAACACCCACACGUGUCUUCUUCAACGUGGGCGUGGCUGUUUCCCCGAUGGGACCAACCUUAAAAAAGAGAAAGAAGGAAGAAAAAAAAAAAGCAAAAAGAGACUCCUGGCCAAUCUUCACCUCAAAACCACAGACUCAUUCCUCCUGAGUGGUGUGGCUAACAGGCCAUUAAAUACCACCAGGUGUCAAAGCACAAAGAGAGGAUUAUACUCAGCGCAAUGCUUCCUGUGAUGUGAUGCUACUCAGACACUGACGGACUGAUGGAUGGACAGAUCAUAUGACACUAAUCAAACUGACUGAGGGUCAGUUGAACAAAUACAUAAUCUGACCAAUCAACCAGACAUGAUGUACAGGCUGAAUGGGGGGGGGGUCUGCUAAGUGUUUUUCGAUAAGAGUUUGAAUCUCUGAAUGUCUUAUUUGUUGUCAAAUUUGUUACUAGACCAUUCCACAUCUGAAAUUAUAAGCUGUAGGUGUUUAAGGUGCUGCCACAUUUACAAAUUUACAGUUUGACCAAAUCAUUCCCAAAGAACGAUUUUAAACUAAAAAAACAUCCCUGACAUUCCUCUAGAAAUAAUGUUUUUAUAUGAACAAAGGUUCUCACUGACCUAAACGCUGUAAAACUAUUUUAAUUUAGUGUUAUAAAAAAUGUAUUCACUAACUAAAUUUAUUUGUAUUAGUGCCAUAUGUCCAGUAUUACCAAAUAUUUUACUGUAUGCAAGAAUGAAAUUUAAGUUUGAGGCACUAGUCCGGCAAACACAUUUGUGCCACUAUAUUGCAACCAUUUCCAUUAUUGCCAAUCUGUUAAUCUAGCAGUUGGCUGGUGCCCUAAAUAAUUGGAUUUUAUGUUUGGCUUUCAGAAAAAUAACCAGAAAAAAAAACCUAUUGAAGUCAACAUCUGAAUCUUACAAAGUUUAUAAUCUGUUUUAAGUGGAGACUGUUUUUUAAAGUAAACUGCUGGUAGCAGUGCAAGUAUAUUCUUAAAGGGAUACCUCAUUAUUUUGAAUUUGCCAGGUACAUGUCACAUUAAAUAGGGUUUGAUGUUGCAUUUAAAAUCUCCUUACAACUACAUGCCUGGUGUCAUCUUUCAGGUUGUGCUGAUCGCUAAUCACGGUUAACUUUAUUGCAACCAGGUCAGGAAAAAGGUGGAGGUUGUGCAUAUAGUCAUGCGGCAACAUUAAUAUUACAGAAUGACCUGAUGAUCUACAAAAGCACAAUGUUUAGAUUGAAAACAGUCAGCGCAGUUGACCUAAAAAAAAUUUCGUUAAUCAGUUACAAAACAGCCAACUAGGCAAAGCAACUAAUUUUGACAAAAUAUGUAUUUACAGUACUAGCUAGUAAGGUAUUAGCCACCUACGCUUAGUCACUGUGGAAACUGGAUAUCAUUACGCAAUGGUGUUAAUUAGCUGAGAGAUGCUAGCUGAUAUUAUUCAACCACAAGAUAAAAUGACCUCAAUCCAAAUGGCACAAAACGUGGAAAAAUAGCACAGAAGUUAACUUUUUCAUAUGCUUUCAGUUUUGGUAAUCAUGUAGGCAAUCAUUCAAGAGGUCAAAAUGACUUUUAAAGUCAACAGUGGUAUUUUGCAGGAAGUAAACCUUAAACCUUUACAUCUUGGAUGGGAAAUGACAAAUUGAGUCUUUCCCUGUAAGCAAAGAAAAAAAAUGUUACUAUUCUAAAUGUGGGAAGCCACUAGCUAUUUACCCAAAAAUUAUUUUUGCCCCUUGCCCCAAGUUGAGCGAUUAGGUUUCCUCGUCAUAACGCCAAAGGGUUGAGAUUUUGCACCUUUGCAGGGCUCUACAGUGGCAUUCAUGUUUUCCUAAUGGCUGAAGUUAAGGAGAGCUUACGAGAAACAAGCUUGAUGUAUGGUAAUAACUUUAAAUUUCCAUUCGUAAUUUAAAAUCUCCAUUUGAAUUUCUAAGGAGUAUGUAUUCGUUUUUAGGAGCGUAUGCAAGUAAAACUGUAAUUUUAUGGAACUGUGCGCCUGGAACAGCAGCAUUAGAGGAGGUCAGUACAGUUAACUCCCCAGUGUGACUGAGUCAGAAGUUGAACCUUAAAGUGACCAGGGUUUCACAUGGUAUGCAACCCUAUGCUUGGGGUCCUGUGUGUAAAUCUAAAAUGGCUAUGCACAUAGAUGCAAAUUCAAAUUAUCCAACAUGAACUGACAAGACAUGAUCUACAUCCUGUCCAAAAAGUUCACAAUUGAGCAGAAGUGAUUUUUUUUUUUUAAUCCACCUCUAUGAUUUGUAUAAAAAUGCAUUAUCCGUGAUGUGACUUGGUUUGGGAUUUAAAACUUUUCCCUCCUUGUGGGAGAUCAUAUCAGGUGUCCAUUUAAAUUUGAAAGAUGGUUCAAAUCAAGUAAACAACACUUCUGCAGGACAACGUUGUGGACAGCUGUAUAUUUUUCUUUCUGGUAUUACAUAACAUUUGCACUUUUCCCCAGUCAAUUUCAUAAGUGAUGUACAAAGAGUGUCCCGGAGGCUUUGAUAUCGAGUGUAAAAUAGUUGAAAAAAAAAUGCCUCUACAUUUCUUAACUUGUUAUUCUAGUUUGUGGAGAGGGAUUUUGACAAUGUCACACAACCCUAAAAAAAAAAAAGAAGCUCCAAAACAGUGAUUUUAGUGUGCUGGAUUUUUUUAAAGGAUUUGAAGUGAAUGCAAGGAAGAUUGUUUUUGAAAGAACUUUUUUGAACGAACUGAUUUGGGAGAAAAAGUGGGACCUUUUUGAGAAAGACACGGGUAGAUAAUGUUUUUACUGGUGAAAAUAAACAUGGACUCACUUUUUUGAACUGUGGUUAGCUUUUCUAUGUUGAACAAAAAGCAGGAGGAAGAAGUAACGGGGAGAGUUAGCAAUGCUUUACUUUGGCUGAACAUUUUCUCUCCAUUUUUCUCCCUUGUGACACCACCCCCAUAGGAGUUUAAAGCUUGUGUGGUAAAUUACCACGUUUGGAGCUCAGGAUUCAGCACCAUUUUCACUAAUUUGGAAUAAGUAGUUAAUGUCAUCUCUUCUAUGAAUAUACAAACAAAUUUAAUUGGCAAAAACGCUGUUAUCCCAGCGGUUCGGCUGAUCCCUGGGGAAGGCAGCGCUGAAGGAUUAACUGCGUCCGAGUUGUUGAAUUAUUGUAUGCGCUAAGGAGUGAAAAUAUUCUGUCAAGGCAAAAUGUUGCUUGAAUUCAAGGACUUAAGCCUUAUCCCCCUCCUCAGACCUGGGUAAAACUGUAGUAAAACACAGAUUUGGAGAGCUGGACUAUUUUAGGGAGUCAUUUUUCAUCACUUUGCCAGAAGCUAAACUUGCCAUCAUAAUCCACCUCUCCUGUUACCAUUAGGUUCUGAGAAGAGAUGAGUACUUUUUUACUUUUUGCAUGCUGAACUGAAUUCGAUUAAUUAGGGGGAAAAAAAGAGCAAUUUGAAAAGUUGUGAACAAACCAUUUCUGCAAAAUGAGCAGCAAGCAAGCAUUGGACUCACAAUGGAGUCCAGUUUGAGGCUGCGUUGCUGGACAUUCCUUAUAUUACUCAAAGCUUUGCAUGUUUUUCUGGCAUCCAAAAUGUUUCCAAACUACUUUUUUUCCCAGGUCUGCCUGCUUGUUUUCUUGCUGUGAAUUCCCUGUGCCUAAUGUUAACACUGUUGGGAGACAUUGGCCUAGAGCUGUCUUUGUUGACCUGUGGGAAUAAAAAUACGUUUUGAUUCUCACCGAUUGGUUCUUAUAAAACUGAUGUGCUUUUCGAUGUUUUUAAAGGUCUGACAGAGAUCAUGAAGUCUGUUUCAAUUCAUUUACCUUAUAAAAGCCCUUACUUUUUUGAACACCCGUUUAAUUUUUGUAAUUCAAGCUCCUCUCACAUGAAAUGAUCAGAAUGCGAUCAUGCGAGUGGUUGAGUCCAUUCUCAUCUCAUUGCUGAACCACUACUUUACCUUAAUCCCAACCUAGCCUUAACCCUCAAUUUACCCACAGUCUAUUUAAACCUGUACAUCAUGUUAGGUUUGAACCAUUGUGAAAGAAAAACAUUAAGGUAAAAAAAAAAACUACGCAUGCAACACUGUCACACUGCCUAGGUUAAAUAAUGUGUUAAAAGCAACUGGAAGCCCCAUCCUCCCAUUUUCAGGUAAAGUCCUUAAGAAGGUGCCGUAAAAUUUGCUUGGCCCACUAAAUUACAGAGUGGACUUUAAGCCAUGGAACAGAGGAUUAAAGAGGCCGUGUUUCUACUGCUCCUAUUUCUGCAUCACAGGAUAGAAGCGAUGAUACUCAAUGGGGAAAAGAGCUUAUUUUCAUUUGAACUAAAUCUCCAAAAUGCCUGAAUCAAAUCUCAUAUGACAUGAUGUAAGUUUACUCCAAGUUGCCAUCAAGCUCAAAAAGCAGGUAUUUUCAACAAAAUAUCUACAUCCUUGAAGAUUACAGGAGGGAGGCCAAAACUUGGAAGCACAAC